AUGGCGCCGCGCCGGUCUGCUGUCCAAAUCCUGCUUCGCACCGCAAGCCAAGUGAAAAAUUUUACCUUUAAGGGCGCCCAAGCUUUCCAGGUCAAGAGAAACAAAGGAUUUGCAGUCAGUUCAGUCUCUAGAUCACCAAAAGUUGCAGCUUAUGCACUUGCUCAGUGCUGGGAGAACCUGAACACUUCGAGCUGUGCAGCCUGCCUCAAGGAUUCUGCGUCAAGGUUCAGCUCAAAGAAACGGGUUGUUCUUUGGACAGUCCUGAGUUCCUCCGUUGGUGUCACUCUUGUACUUAUCAUCUCAGUAUUGGCAUGGCAGAAGAAGAAAGCUCAUCAGGCAAGAGAAACAUCAUUGAGAGGUUUCUAUGGCUCUGACCUUCCUGCAAGGAUUUCUCAAUCAAGUCUCAAUUUCAGUUAUAAGGAUUUAAAGAAAGCAACAUGUUCGUUCAGUUUAGCAAACAAGAUACGGCAAGGCAGCAACGGUACUGUGUACAAGGCUGUUCUUCCUGGAGGGAAUGAAGUUGCUGCAAAGAGAUUGUUCCUGAACACAAAGCAGUGUAUCGAUCAGUUCUUCAAUGAAGUUGAUGUCAUAAGCCAAGUACGUCACAAAAAUUUGGUGAAAUUGCUUGGAUGCAGUGUGGAUGGCCCAGAAAGCUUCUUGGUAUAUGAAUACCACUUCCACAGGAGCUUAGAUCUGUUCAUAUUCGCUGAUGACCAGAACAGUCGUUUGGAUUGUAAACAAAGGUUUGAUAUUAUUUGUGGCAUAGCAGAGGGUCUAUGCUACCUCCACGAAGAGUCAGAAACUCGGAUCAUUCACCGGGACAUCAAAGCCAGCAACAUCCUGUUGGACCAAAAGCUCAAGCCAAAAAUCACAGACUUUGGGCUUGCUCGAGUUCUCUGCGGUGACAGUGACAGAACUCAUCUCACGACAGGAAUCGCUGGGACAGUCGGUUACAUGGCUCCCGAAUAUGUUGUGCACGGACACCUUACCGAGAAGGUGGAUGUGUACAGCUUCGGCGUGCUGGUUAUCGAGGUCGUCACCGGGAAGCGGUGCUGUGCAUUGACGGGGUCUCACUCUGGUCAUUCACUUUUAGCAGAGGUUUGGCAAAGUUACAAGGCUAACGCUAUGGAGAAGAUCGUUGACGCGAGACUGCAGCGGCAGGUGGGUGCCUCUGCCUUCGAAGAAACAACGCGCGUCGUCCAGGUCGGGCUGCUGUGCACACAGGCGAACCCCGACAAGUGGCCGGCCAUGUCGAGAGUGGUGGAGCUGCCUGAGGGACAGGGACGGAGCGCGUGGCGGCGCGGAACUGCAGACAUGCAGUGA